ACAAAGACCUUGACGAAAGACUUGGUGUCCCUAUUGUAGAAAAGAAAACCAUGAUGUUAGUAGCUGCCAAAGAUAAGAACAAUGCAGCUAGAAAGUUUGGAGUUGUUGAAUACACUUACCCAGGAACAAAUCAUGGAGGUCCAGGAAAUGAUGUUAGCCAGGAUAACAACCCCGAUGGCAAUGACGAAGGAGAAGAUAAUAUUGUGUACCUGCCCUCGUAUAUCCAAUUGAAUCCACCUCUAGUACCUUCUGUAGUCCCCAUCCCGAAAGUUCUCCUGAAGUCUCAACAACCAAGACCUACCAUAACUAAAGUAUUCAACGCCUACUAUGACGAAUCCACAGAAGAACCCUUGAAAGUAUUGCCUUCACCUCUAAGGAAGAAGAAUGAGAAACCGAAUUGGAAGUUCUUCUUCAAAAGCUCAUCGCCGAAUAAGGAAAACGUAUCCGCGAGAAUCAGAAAAAUCGUAGGUAAAACCGAAGAUGAAGACGACGACAACGAAGCUGACAAAGAUGAAGAAGAUAACAAUGACGACGAUAAGACGAUUGUAGACGAAAAAGACGAUGAAAAGAAAGAAGACGUAGAAGAACUUACCAAAAAAAGAGCAAAAGAAACUACCGAAAAUGAACCUGCUGAGGCCAAAGAAGAUACGACGAAUAUCGGCGAGAACGAGGGUGAUUUUGAUAAAAAUAAGAGGGAAGAAUUCAUACCACCUCGAGUCCUGAUGUUCGACGCUGCCCCUGGUCAAGUCGUAGAAGAAAAGGAAGGCACAAGGCUGAAGAGGUUAAGAAACAGCCAAUGCAUGCCUAAAAACCCGACGAAAGAACUUGCCCUAUACUUACCACAGUGGAAUAAAACUCGCGUAUAUGACUCUGGGCUUACCACUGUGAAAAAAAAAAAAAAAAGGGCUACUCCGUGA